CGCUGACAUAACAAAAUGCUCUGCUUUGCUUUCGUGACUUUGUUCUUCGCCACGGUCCUGGCCGGGUACGACGAGGGCUACGGCCACGGGCUCUCCCACACGGUGGAGGUCAUCAAGCAAGUGGAAGUGCCGGUCUACAAGCACGAGGUGGUGAAGAUCCCCAAGGAGGUACAGAUUCCCGUGACUAACCUCCAGGCGAUGGCGGUGCCUCAACCUUUUCCGGUCCAGGUGAAAGUGCCCAAGCUCGUGCCCGUACCGGUUUACAAGACCAUCAACGUCCCCGUGGAGAAACCGGUGCCUUACAAGGUCGAAAAGGAGGUGCCUUACCACGUGGAGAAGCCCUACGUGGUCACCGUGGAGAAGCACGUGCCCAUCAGGAUUCCAAAGCCCGUGCCCGUCAAGGUGCCAGUGUACAAGGUUGUGUAUCACCAUAGCAAGCACUGA